GCACCGAUUCGAGGAGAGGUCUGUCUCUUUAACUGCAUCUCCCAGAGAGGGUCCAAUCUCUGUCCCGUUGCCGCAAUUGCUUCAUCAGGAAGAGAGCAUGCUACAGUCCUCAAGUUGCUUGGCAGGUGCCGCACAAAGACGCCACUGAGCAACGGAGAAGCAAACGUACUCGUCCCUGGCUUUUAACCUCCAAGAGAAGGAGACAACGCUCUGGCUGAGCUGGAUCCUUUCCCACCUUGGAGUAAAUGAGGAAUGGGAGUGUGAUUAUGCUGACAUCCCAGCAUGCAUUUGGUAGACCUGUGGUUAACUCGCUCCCUCUCCAUGUGUCUGCUCUUACAAAGCUUUGUCCUCAUGAUACUGUGCUUUCAUUCUGCCAGUAUGUGCCCCAAAGGCUGCCUUUGUUCUUCCUCUGGAGGUUUAAACGUCACCUGUAGCAAUGCGAACCUCAAGGAAAUCCCUAGAGACCUUCCUCCGGAGACCGUCUUACUCUACUUAGACUCCAAUCAGAUAACUUCGAUCCCCAAUGAAAUUUUUAAGGACCUGCACCAGUUGCGAGUUCUCAACUUGUCCAAAAAUGGCAUCGAGUUCAUAGAUGAGCACGCCUUCAAGGGGGUGGCGGAAACCCUGCAGACCCUGGACUUAUCAGACAACCGCAUUCAGAGCGUGCACAAGAACGCUUUCACUAACUUGAAAGCCAGGGCCCGGAUCGCCAACAAUCCCUGGCACUGUGACUGCACGCUGCAGCAGGUGCUGAGGAGCCUGGCCUCCAACCACGAGACAGCCAACAACGUCAUCUGCAAGACGUCCGUGCUCGAUGAACACGCCGGCAGACCCUUCCUCAACGCCGCCAACGACGCCGACCUCUGCAAUCUCCCGAAAAAGACCACUGACUACGCCAUGCUGGUCACCAUGUUUGGCUGGUUCACCAUGGUGAUCUCCUACGUGGUCUAUUACGUGCGGCAAAAUCAGGAGGACGCCAGAAGGCACCUUGAAUACUUGAAAUCCCUGCCAAGCAGGCAAAAGAAAGCAGAUGAAGCCGAUGACAUUAGCACUGUGGUAUAGUAGCCGAGAUGACUGACUGAGGUGGAAAUUAGUUUGGGAAUGGCAUUAGAACUAGCGAUUUACUUCCAACAUCCAUUGUUAACAGUGAAGACUUUGUAUUUCAGUUUAAUUGAAUUAUGCCACUGGUGAACUACUAAAACCAAACCAAACAAAAAACCCGAUCGAUUUUAACUUGGGAGAUAUACAGCAUAAUUGUUCCUCUGGUGGUAUUCUAAAGUAAGCUACUAUGUAAACGUUAGCUAGACUCAUUCCACUAUUUAAUAAUGAAAUUUAUUUUUUUAAUUUAAA